UUUUAACCUAAAAACUGGGGUUUUCUGAAGAGGGUUAUUUUCUAUAUUUUUCCAAUAAUAUUUGUGUGUAUUGGCAUAAAAUAAUUGAUAAAAAUAAUCUACGCUGUGUUGCAAAAUGAAUAACUGUCAACAUUGUUAAAUUCCAAUCUAAAAAGACCAAAAAGUCACUCAGAAUGGACGAAAAUGACGAGACAAUAGAGUCUGACUCUGCUGAAGGACUGCCAGACAUUGUUCCAGAAAAGUCCAAACCACAGAUGGACGCUGAAAUCAUAAUAUGCCAUCUGUGCAAUAAACCGUACGGUAAUGUCAGUCUGUUUCAUGCACACCUGAAGAAUGUGCACAAGGUGAAUGCUAGAGGCGAACGCGUAGCCAGCUAUCCCUGCAAGGAAUGUUCGUGGAUAUUCAAGACAUUGUCGAGUUUGCGGCGACAUACCGCCAACAAGCAUCCGAAGCAGGACCAGCCACGGUUCAACUGCGGUCACUGUACGUACAACACCACUGUGCUCUACUACCUCAAACGACACAUAUUGAAGCAUGAAAACGACGAAGCAAAACUGUUCCCGUGUGCCUACUGCGAGGCUAGACCUGUUUUCUUACUUGCCGGCCAAAGCAGCUACCAUAGAACGGAAAGAUGA